UGUAUCCUUCUUCAUUGAAACAUUUCAUCAAGCAGGUCACAUGCAUAGGGUUCGCAAAGUGGUGCCUUUUUAUGGCUUUUGUUCACUCACUUCCAUUCAUGUAACUGCCAGUUUGAAGCCCCUUUUUUUAUUUCUUCAACUCCAUUACAACUGCCAAGAAAACCCAUCUGGCAUAUCGUAUAUAUUCCAUAAUAGUUCCAUAUUCUGAUUAUCUCUAAAACUUCUCUCCCAAAGUUGCUCAUCGGAGUUGAAAACACUCAAAAAACUAGAGCAUACCCAAGAAGACAUGCAAGACCCAAUUGGAAUCCCAGCUUGUUUUUCCGCCGGAGACAAGACGGAAGAUUCUGCAACAGUCACGAAAACCGGCCAGAGCGUUUUCAUGUCCGUUUACAAGACCAACAUCGCCGAUCAGUGUCGUCUGAUUACUGUCACUUGGUGCAAAAACCUGCUGCUUCACGGCUUAUCAGUGUCCGUUGAUGGACCGGAAACGGAGUACACAUGCAAAGUCGAACUAAAGCCAUGGAACUUCUGGAGAAAACAAGGGUCUAAAAGCUUUGUAGUCGAUGGUAAGCCUCUCGACAUUUUCUGGGACCUCAAAGCUGCCAAGUUUCACGGCGAAACAGAACCAAUCUCGGAGUAUUACGUCGCGGUGGUUUCCGGCGAAGAGGUGGUGCUUGUUCUUGGGGAUAUGAGGAAAGAUGCUUAUAGAAAAACAGGUUGCAGGCCUGCUUUAAUCGAUCCCAUUUUAGUUUCGAGACGAGAACAUGUUUUUGGGAAGAAAAAGUUCCACACACGAGUUAAAUUCGAUGAAAAAGGAGGAUUUCACGAGAUUUCAAUCGAAUGCAAGAACAGAAAUAAUGGAAAUGGGGAUGAUGAUUCAGAAAUGGAGAUAAAAAUCGAUGGUGACUUGAUGGUUCAUGUGAAGCAUCUUCAAUGGAAAUUUAGAGGUAAUGAAUCGAUUCUUUUCAAGAAAGUAAAGAUCGAAGUUUAUUGGGAUGUUCAUGAUUGGCUUUUUAGUCCUGGUUUAAGGCAUGCAUUGUUCAUCAUAAAACCGUCGUCUCCGGCAACAUCACCCCCACCACCGCCGCCGACUUCACCUUCUCCGGCAGGGAUUUGUGGUUCAGUUGAAGGGUUUAAUCCAAUUUGUUCGUACGAGUUUUGCCUCUUUCUCUAUGCUUGGAAGGUCGACUCAUACAAAGUAUUUUAAAUUUUGAGGUGCUUCUUUUUAAUUACAAUUGAAAUAUAAAGUAAUUUGUGUUAUUUUGUUUUUGGCAUUGUAUUUUCAUAUAUAUUUUACAUUUGUUUUUUUAUUUAAGGGAUGAACUAUAUAGUGUAUUAUUUGUACUCUUGUAAAUGGAAAAUUAUACAAUAAAACUAACAUACUUUUGGUA